CGCCGCGUGAGGACCGGGGUCCGCGCGCUUCGCGGCAGCGCACUCGAGUCCCCUCCCCCAGAAGGUUCGCGAAGGAGAAGCAGCCGCCGCCGCCGCCUGAAAGGAGCUGCCGGUGCCGGUCCCCGGGGGCGCCAUGGCGACCGGAGCGAACGCCACGCCGCUGGGUAAGCUGGGCCCCCCCGGCCUUCCCCCACUUCCCGGACCUAAAGGGGGCUUCGAGCCAGGGCCUCCGCCUGCUCCCGGCCCUGGGGCGGGGCUGCUGGUGCCUGGGCCGCCGCCGCCCGCUCCCGUGGGCUCGGUGGGGCCCCUGACCGCGGCCUUCCCCUUCGCGGCGCUGCCGCCACCGCCGCCGCCGCCGCCCCCCCCCCCGCCUCCCCAGCAGCCACUGCCGCGGCCGCCCUCUCCGGGCUCUUCGUACCCGCAGCCGCCCCCUCCGCCGCCGCUCUACCAGCGCGUGUCGCCGCCACAGCCGCCGCCACCCCAGCCGCCGUGUCAGGACCAGCAGCCGGGCCCGGCCGGCGGCGGAGGAGACUUCCCAAGCAAGAAGCGGAAGAGGAGCCGCUGGAACCAAGACACAAUGGAACAGAAGACUGUGAUUCCAGGAAUGCCUACGGUUAUCCCCCCUGGACUCACUCGGGAACAAGAGCGAGCUUAUAUAGUGCAACUGCAGAUAGAAGACCUGACUCGUAAACUGCGCACAGGAGACCUGGGCAUCCCCCCUAACCCUGAGGACAGGUCCCCUUCCCCUGAGCCCAUCUACAAUAGCGAGGGGAAGCGGCUCAACACCCGUGAGUUCCGCACCCGCAAAAAGCUUGAAGAGGAGCGGCACAACCUUAUCACAGAGAUGGUUGCCCUCAACCCGGAUUUCAAGCCACCUGCAGAUUACAAACCUCCAGCAACACGUGUGAGCGAUAAAGUAAUGAUUCCACAAGAUGAGUAUCCAGAAAUCAACUUUGUGGGGCUGCUGAUUGGGCCUAGGGGAAAUACCUUGAAGAACAUAGAGAAGGAGUGUAAUGCCAAGAUCAUGAUCCGGGGGAAGGGAUCCGUGAAAGAAGGGAAAGUUGGGCGCAAAGAUGGCCAGAUGUUGCCGGGAGAAGAUGAGCCACUUCAUGCCCUGGUUACUGCCAAUACCAUGGAGAAUGUGAAGAAAGCAGUAGAACAGAUAAGAAACAUUCUGAAGCAGGGUAUUGAGACCCCUGAGGACCAGAAUGAUCUGCGGAAGAUGCAGCUUCGGGAGUUGGCUCGCUUGAAUGGGACUCUGCGGGAAGAUGAUAACAGGAUCUUAAGACCCUGGCAGAGCUCAGAGACCCGCAGCAUUACCAAUACCACAGUGUGCACCAAGUGUGGAGGGGCUGGCCACAUUGCUUCCGAUUGCAAAUUCCAAAGGCCUGGUGAUCCCCAGUCAGCUCAGGAUAAAGCACGAAUGGAUAAAGAAUAUUUGUCCCUCAUGGCCGAACUGGGUGAAGCACCUGUGCCAGCAUCUGUGGGCUCCACCUCUGGGCCUGCCACCACACCCCUGGCCAGUGCACCUCGGCCUGCUGCUCCUGCCAACAACCCUCCUCCACCGUCUCUCAUGUCCACCACCCAGAGCCGGCCGCCCUGGAUGAAUUCUGGCCCUUCAGAGAGUCGGCCCUACCAUGGCAUGCAUGGAGGUGGUCCUGGUGGGCCUGGAGGAGGCCCCCACAGCUUCCCACAUCCGUUACCCAGCCUGACAGGUGGGCACGGUGGACAUCCCAUGCCGCACAACCCUAAUGGACCCCCACCCCCUUGGAUGCAGCCGCCGCCGCCACCGAUGAACCAGGGCCCCCACCCACCUGGGCACCAUGGCCCUCCUCCAAUGGAUCAGUACCUGGGAAGUACGCCUGUGGGCUCUGGGGUCUAUCGCCUGCAUCAAGGAAAAGGCAUGAUGCCACCGCCACCUAUGGGCAUGAUGCCGCCUCCGCCGCCGCCGCCCAGUGGGCAGCCCCCGCCACCCCCCUCUGGGCCUCUGCCCCCAUGGCAGCAGCAGCAGCAGCAGCCCCCGCCGCCCCCGCCGCCCAGCAGCAGUAUGGCUUCCAGUACCCCCUUGCCGUGGCAGCAAAAUACGACGACUACCACCACGAGCGCUGGCACAGGGUCCAUCCCGCCAUGGCAACAGCAGCAGGCGGCUGCCGCAGCUUCUCCAGGAGCCCCUCAGAUGCAAGGCAACCCCACUAUGGUGCCCCUGCCCCCCGGGGUCCAGCCGCCUCUGCCGCCCGGGGCCCCUCCCCCUCCGCCGCCUCCGCCACCUGGUUCCGCCGGCAUGAUGUAUGCCCCGCCCCCUCCUCCUCCGCCUCCCAUGGACCCUUCUAACUUUGUCACCAUGAUGGGCAUGGGGGUGGCGGGCAUGCCACCCUUCGGGAUGCCUCCAGCUCCCCCACCGCCUCCACCACAGAACUAGACUUGGUUUUUUAAGAAAAUAUAUAUUAUAUAGAGAGCGAAUUGGUCUCGUUUAAACACACGCCGAAACCUCACCAUAUGGAGCCAGACAUUGGGACGCACGCAUGUGAUUGUGUGCACGCAUGUGUGUGUGUGCACGCACCGGGCUGGGCCAAGCGACUGAGGACUCGUUUGGGAAUGGGCAGGUGGUAGUAGGGGCGCCAGCUUGGGCUCUCCUGGCGCCCCGUAGCAUCGAGUGUCUUCUUUGUCUUCUUUCUCUCCUCACCCAACUCCCUUUGCCUCUCCCCAAACUGGGCCGCCAGGAUCCCUCCCCGCGGCGGCGAUGGCCCGAGCCAUGAGAAUGAGGACUUUCCGCGCCCAUUGGUGACCCUUCCAGGCAGACAGCCUCAGCAGCGCCCCUGGUGGACAGGAUGGUUCGGCAAAGCAGCCUGAGUUAUUUUUGUGGACGGAAUCGGAACACGCUGGCUCCAUAUCGUGAAAUUUUUAUUAAUUUUUUUUUCUUUUCCUUUGUUAUUUCCUUAUCUUUUCCUUUCUUCAGACUCCGUCCAAGGAGGUGCUCUCCCCGGUCUUCUGCUGCAAUUAGAUUCUUUUCCCUUUUCUCCAUUCCUCACCACCUUUCCAAGGAGAGGGGAACAAAUGGUUUUAGGCACAGGCUUCGGCCAUUAAUGUCAGGCUAGUGGGAGGGCUUGUCCCUUUGGUUGUAAGAUUAUCAAGGUGCCAUGGCCAUUCCCAGAGGUGGUGGUGGGUUGUUUUUUUUUCAAUUGUAGAGUUUUGUCUGUGCCACCCUUGUAGAGUAGAGGGAUAACUUUGAGGUCUGGGGUUCACAGCCAUCCUAGAACCCCUGCCAGUGGUAGGUGGGGCCAGCCAAGCCCCCUUAGGCUUGUCUGCCCUCAGGGACAGCCCUUUCCACUCCCUUAACACCUAAUCUGCCUCAGAUUCCAUUUGUUCCUCUCCUUCCUGGAAGGCUUCCCUUUAAAAUUUAUUUUAAUCCCAAACGUCUGAAUGUUUUUACAGUGUCCCUUGUUUUUCUUUCUGCUUCCUUUCCCCCCGCCUCCUGCAACACCCCUUCCCUCUUCAUGGAGUGAUUAUGUUGAUAAUAAUGUGUAAUGCGCAUUCUCUUCACACUGGUUUAUCUGCAGAAAUUUCUCUGGGCUUUUUUUUUCUGUGUAUGAUUCAACACUGCGUUAAAAGGGGGUUGUUCUAUUGAAUAAAAGAGCAGUGUGGUU